AUGAACAGUUUGCAUGCCAUUGGUGGUGCUUAUACAUGGUCCAAUAAUCAAGCUGAACCUCUCUUGUGCAGGUUGGAUAGGUUUCUAUUUAGUGUGGAUUUUGAUGAAGCAUUCCCUAAUGCUCUUCAAAUAGCACUGACAAGGACUAUCUCAGACCAUAACCCUAUUAUCAUUGUUACUUGUCCUUCUAUAGGUUCCAAGCCUUACUUCAAACUGGAAAAAAGCUGGAUUGAACAUAAAGAUUUUAAGGAUAAAGUAAAACUCUGGUGGGAGACAAUGGUGUUCAAUGGGAGUGCAAGUUCUAUUUUCUUUUUGAAUCUUCAAAAUUUAAAGUACUUCAUUAAAAAAUGGAGGUUGCUGGAGUUUGGUGCUGUUAGAAGAGAAAAACAACUAUUGACUGAAAAGAUUGGGGAACUCAACUUGUUGGAGGAGAAUGGUCCAUUGCAUACUGAUCAGUUUGAGGUUAGAAUGCAAAGCAAGCUGAAACUAAAAGCUCUUGAAAAUUUAGAGGCAAGGAAAUGGCAACUAAGAGCCAAACAAAAUGGCUUUAAAUGGGGUGAUGCUAGCACCGGUUACUUUCAUAGAAUUUCCAGUGCUAAAAAGAAAAGAAACACAAUUGCUAAACUUCAAAUUGGAGGUGAAGAUAGUUUCAAUCAAGAUGAAAUUAAAGAAGAGUUAAGGAAUUUCUAUAUCAAUCUCUUUUCAGCUCAUACAAGUACUUCUAUAAAAUUGGAUUCUAUUAAUUUUCCAGUGGUGUAUGGAGUUCAAAAAGAAUGGAUUGAAAGAGACUUUACUGAUGAAGAAGUGUGGGAAGUUAUUAGAAAGAUGGGAUGUAAGCAAAUUCUUGAUGGGGUUCUUAUAGCUAAUGAGUGUGUGGAUAGCAGGAUAAAAUCAAAGAAACCAGGUGUUAUUUGCAAAAUUGACAUGGAAAAGGCAUUUGAUAAUGUUAACUGGCAUACUCUUUUUUGUAUUUUGCAAAGGCAUGGUUUUGGUGAAAGAUGGGUAUCUUGGAUCAAAUGGUGUGUCUCUCAAGCACACUUAUCAGUUCUUGUUAAUGGUGUUUCUACUGAAAAGUUUAAGCCCUCAAAAGGGCUGCGACAAGGGGAUUCUCUUUCCCCAUUCUUGUUAUUAUUGGUGGUUGAGAUUCAUUCUAAACUAAUGAAUGAUGCUGUUGAAAGAGGUCAAAUUCACGGUUUCAAGAUAGUAGAUGCUGGUUUGAUGAUUUCACACCUACAGUUUGCAGAUGAUACACUGCUCUUUGUGGAUGCUGAUGAAGAUGAGGUAACUAGAAUUCUCAUUAUCUUAACUAUUUUUGAAACAUUAACUGGUAUGAAGUUGAAUUUAGAAAAGAGCAGUAUGAUUAGUGUUGGAGCCGAUGAUAAUAUUCAUUCUCUAGCUAAAAUCUUAGGAUGUAAGACAGAAAAGCUUCCUAUAAAAUAUUUAGGAAUGCCAAUUGGUGCACACAUUAGAAAUACUUCUGUUUGGGAUUAUGUGAUUGAAAGAAUGGAGAUCAGACUUGCAUCAUGGAAGAAAAGAUUUCUCAAUAAAGAUGUCAGACUUGUUCUUAUUAAGGAUUGUUUUCCUAGCCUUCCUAUAUACUAUUUGUCUUUGUAUCACUUACCUGCAAGUAUUUAG